AUGAGGAUUUCACAGUCAGGUUAGGAGAAUGAUGUUUUGCAAUGGUUGAGUUACAUAUUACUAUUAUAUAUUAUGUUAUAUUUAAAAAGAAAAAGAAAUAUACAAAAAAAAAUAUAUAUAAAAGGCUUUGUUGUAUACUAAAAAAGUACAUGAUAAUUUCAUAUUAUUUUUUUCUUUCUUUCACCAGCAGCUCGGAUGUGGUGCCUGGCAAGAAUGUUUCCUAUACUUAUAGGAGACUUGAUUCCACAAAAUGAUGAGCACUGGGAAAACUUUUUGCGACUACUGAAAAUUGAAGAAAUUGUUUUUGCUCCUAAAGCAACACCACAGCUGGCUGCAUAUCUUGGAGUUCUCAUAGAGGAGUACCUAGAGGACUAUGUCAACCUCAAUGACCGGCUUCCAAUCCCAAAACAGCAUUACAUGGUGCAUUACCCAAAUCAAAUUAUCAAGUAUGUCUUUUUUAUAUUGAAAUUGUAAGCAUUGUACAUUUUGUACUACUGGGGGUUAGGGAAGGGUAUUACCACUUUAUCCACCUUUCAUAACUUUACAUACCCUUUCAAUAUAUGUAUUAUUAGCCCACUCAGACUUCAUCAUGCUGAUUAUUUAAGUUUUCUGAAACUUGCAGUGCAGCUUAUACAUGGGUAUAUAAUGCAGUAUUACUUAUAGUUUUAUGUGAUGUUUAAUGAAUGAGCAAUAAUGUCUUAUCAGGUUUAGAAGCAUGAGGUGCAGCCGAGUGUUUUUAGACCUCAUAAUUAUAAGAUUUUGGUUCCACUGGAGCCACCAUACAUGGACUUUCAUACUUCAAUAGAUAUUUGACGUCACAGGCAUGUGCGAGUAGCUCUAAAAGAAACUCCCACAUGCUCAAUAUUCUAUACAUGGCAAUCUGGAAUUUUAGGGUGUGAUGAGACCUUGAUGAGGCUCUAAGUCUUCAUCUAAACAUGGACAUAUACUUCCUCUCAGAUAAAGUCAUCUGUCUUAGUGUUCUUUAUAUAAAGAAUACUAAUGAAGGUAAUUUUUAUAUAAAGGUUCAUCUAAAAGAUGGACUUAAAGGGGACAUUAUCGAGUAUAAAGGUCCAUGCAUGUAAUAUGUAUGGUGUAUCCAGUUGGCCCAAAGGCUUAUGAAUUAUUAAUGAGUUUUUAAUAAUAUCUAGUAAUCUUCCAUUUACAGAAAUGGUCCCCUAGUAAGAAACUGGGCCAUGAGGUUCGAGGCCAAACAUAACUACUUUAAAAAGCUGGUAGACAACAUCAACAAUUUCAAAAAUAUCACCUAUUCCUUGGCUAUGAGGCAUCAAGCCCUUCAGACUUAUCGAAUGCAAAGUUCACAAGGCAACUAUUUGAGAGUGUCUUUGGAAAUUGGACCUGGUAAGGGAGCCAUCAUUAAUUACUGGGGGAGGGCCAGUAAAAUUUCUAAACCUUCAUCCCAAGAAAUCUUGUCCUCCCAAAUCAAAGCCUUGUCCCUCUCCCUAAAUGCUGGUCCAAAAUUUUUGGCCCUUCCCAAAUCAAAAGCCCCCUAAACUUACCAGCCCUCCCCAGUAAUUAAUGACCUAAGCAUUAAAUUAAUUUAACCCCAUGUUCAAUGUCAUUGGCUAAAUCAUGAGAGUUUCCUUUAAUAUAUAUAUAUAUUUUAUAUAACUUUUUAGCUGUUGGAAGGGUAACAACUGUUCAAGAAGCAGGAGUAGAAGAUGAGCUGCAAGAGGCAGACCCCAAACUAAAGGCGACAGUUCACUGA